CUCGACGAUGACCACAGGCCAUUGUCGAGUUCGACUCGACGAUGACCACAGGCCGUUGUCGAGUUCGACUCGACGAUGACCACAGGCCAACGUCGAGUCCGACUCGACGAUGACCCCGGGCCAUUGUCGAGUUCGACACUACGAAGACCACAGGCCAUUAUCGAUUCCGACUCGACGAUGAGCCCGGACAAUGUCGAGUCCGACUCGAUGAUGACCCCGGGCCAUCGGAGGGUCGGUCUCGACAAUAUCGUGUCCGACUCGACGACCUGGGUUCAUCGUCGGGUCGGUCUCGACAAUGCCGAGACGAAAUCAUCGACGGCCUGGGGUCAUCGUCGGGUCGGACUCGACAGUCGCCGGAGGCUUUGGCACUUGUCGGCCAUCGUGUUCGACUCGACGACGCUGUACUGGACACUGUUGACUUCGACUCGACGACGCCCCAUUGUCGAGUCGGACUCGGACUCGACAAUGGCCCGUGGCUUUGGCGCUUGCCGGCCGUCGUGUUGGACUCGAUGGCCCCCUGCUGGCCACUGUCGACUUCGACUCGACGACGCCCUACAGUCCAACCGUCGAGUUCGACUCGACGACGGCGGGCUGGCCAUUGUCGUGUCCGACUCGACAAUGGCCAGAGGCGUUGUAGCUGGCCGGCUGUCGACUUCGACUCGACAGUGUGCAGUCGGCCGUCGACGAGACGAGCUCUACGAACUCGACCUUCGGCAAGCGCGAAGGCCUCUGGCCAUCCGUCUGAGCUUUGUCGAUUGUCCGUCAUCGACCUUGUCACGACGAUGGAAUUUGUCGUUCUGUGUGUUUUCUCCUUCUGUUUUGGAAAUUCGCAAUGCCUGGUUGUUGUGUCUAACUGCGAUGGCUCCUCGGUGUUUGAGCGAGUUCGACCUUAGCAAUGGCUCCCUGUCGUGGUCGUCAAUCGUUUGUGUGUGUAGGACAUUUACGAUGGCUCACCGCUUCGAUUACUCGUUCCCUUUGAAUGCUAGCGUGAGGUACGCCGCUCCCGUGUUCUGUUUGCCUGCUGUUGGAUACGCUGUCCCUUCCCUGUGUUCUGUUUGCGAGCACGAUCGAGUCGAACUGUCAAGCUGGCCCGCCACGUUCGAGUCGAACUCGAUCGAGUCGACCUCCAUCGAGUCAACCUCGAUCGACUCGAACACGAUCAAGUCGAACACGAUCGAGUCGAACACGAUCGAGUGGAACACGAUGGAGUCGAACACGAUAGCCUGGACUCACGAUCGGAUCGAAAACGAUCGCCUGGACUCACGUUCGAGUCGAACACGAUCGCUUGGACUCGUGAUCGAGUCGAACACGUUCGCCAGGACUCGCGAUCGACUUGAACACGAUCGACUCGAACACGAUCGACUCGAACACGAUCGAGUGGAACACGAUCGAGUCGAACACGAUGGAGUCGAACACGAUCGUCUGGACUCACCAUCGGAUCGAACACGAUCGCCUGGACUCACGAACACGAUCGCCUGGACUCACGAUCGGAUCGAAAACGAUCGCCUCGACUCACGUUCGAGUCGAACACGAUCGCCUGGACUCGCGAUCGAGUCGAACACGUUCGCCAGGACUAGCGAUCAACUCGAACACGAUCGUGUCGAACACGAUCGAGUGGAACACAAUCGAUUCGAACACGAUGGAGUCGAACACGAUUGCCUGGACUCACGAUCGGAUCGAACACGACCGCCUGGACUCACGAUCGCCUGGACUCAUGUUCGAGUCGAACACGAUCGCCUGGACUCGCGAUCGAGUCGAACACGAUCGCUAGGACUCACGAUCGAGUCGAACGGGAUCGAGUCGAACACGAUCGCCUGGACUCACGAUCGCCUGGAGUCACGUUCGAAUUCGGCAGCGCUGCAAAACAUGGAAGGAGAGGAGAAGGCAGGUAAACGACGAGCAAGUAAGAAUUCUGGGAGCAUGGAGCAAUCUCCGAAAAAAUCAAAGGGGACGCCGGCCGCUGGGGUUGGGAGUCAGGAGGCACCGAGGUGUAAGCUGCAACACACCCCGGUUCCGAGGGGUGCACCUUCCACGGGGACUCCGUCGACUCGUGUUUGGGGCUAUGGACCGGAUAAGGCUGUGUUGAUGACUGGCGGGCCUGCGGGUCAAGAACGUGUGCCUGGUCAGCAGCAGGGGAGAUCUGCAGUGGAGGUUAUGCCCGGACGUAAACUGUCUGGAGAACGUAAACCGUCUGGCGAACGUAAACCGUCUGGUGAAAUAACUGCCGCGGGUCGGCGAGACGAUGUGCCCGUGAUUGACCACAAUGACAAGUUCUGGAUGCUGGACUGGGUGGGGGAGACCGGACAACCAUCGACUAGCCUUGUUCUAUACGUGGUCAUCAAAGACAAUAUUGUGCCGGUUGGCGGCCUGGUGAGGUGGACUGGACAAAAUGUGUCGUCUGCAACUUUCGAGUUGACGAUGGUCCUGAAUGGAAGAGGGGAAAGAAUACCAAACAUUAAACACGUCGCUCUUCGAUGGGCCAACCACGCGGGGUUUCGAAAGUCGCUGGUUGAUGUGUUCAACCCACCAGGGACAUUGGAAGUGAAGUUGCCUAACCUCGUUGACGUCCUCGGGUUUUUCGACAGUAAUGUGAUCGCGGGCAGAGAGUCAGUUGUGCAUCCAGAGGACCGCAUAUCAGAGCCUAAAUGUGUGCUUUCGAAACCCGUGGAGACAGGGCCUUCGAUCACGAUCCGCGAUACGCCUCCUGGUGUGAGAGCUGGGCAGAUCGGAGAGAAGGGUCCGUGCCGCGGACUGGUCGUACCGUCAGCCCCUAUGAAAACCAGGCCAACGGCGACCAAAGCACCAAUUGCCUUGGGCAGCCGAUCGUGCUAUGAUGUGGCCACCAAGGGACAUCUCCCCUUGGUGGGCCAGCAGCACUAUGACUACACUGUGCCAAGCCGCGCAGAGGAAGCCCAUGAGUAUUUUGAAGAUGAGGAUGAAGAGAACAGCGAGGAAUAUUCGGAACGAGCAGGAGGACAGGAACAGUAUGUUGCGGGUGGCGGCGGCAUGACGAGGCAUCCAGGAGAGACAAGUAAAGUGGUUGGACAGGAUGAAGACAGUGAGCACACUAUGAGCAAAUUGGGUGGGGAGGUUGGUCUGGCAGGAGGAUAUGGGAGCAGCUACGAAGGAUGUGAGGGGGAUGUGCACGCGACAGUGGCUGUGGCUGGGCAUACAGAUGCUGCAGGGCUCGAUGAGGGAAAGAGGAAGCACGGGCGGGAGAGGAAAAGUCUUAUGGAUAGUAAACGGAGUAGGCAAGAAGCGGGUGAAAAAAGACAAUUGAAAAUAAUGCCCGUGGAUGAGGCGGUCCAGAGGACACGGGAGACUGAGGCAGCCGCGAAGAAAAAGCAGCAGCCAAAGAAAAGAAAGGCAAAAGGUGGUGUCAUGGAAAAUACUUCCGUUUUUCCAGCGGAACAACCACAAUCGAAUAAAGAGGCCAAAGGCAAGACAGUUACUAGGCCGCCAAGUUUGAGGAAUGUGCCAUCAACGACUUCUUCUGGUGUUCUCAGCAAAGGCUUCCUUGAGUUGGACGAGCGUGGGAACCAAUGUCCAGACAUGAAAUUCAUUUCUGUCCAGUUCAACCGAAUUUUUCUGGAUAUCCCCGACGGGGAAUUCAAAUACAAUCAACGCUAUCUUGUGCAGCAGACGGUUGACGACAUUUAUGACGCAAUGGUUGCAUCGGGUGAGGCUGCUAUGAGAGAGAGAAUGACUGGAGCUGCCGGUGUGAAUGUUUGUACAUUGUAUGAGAAGCCUGUCCUUUUGUUGGUUGCCCUCCGUGAUACAUUGCAUACUGACGCUUCAGGGAGGAUUGUAAGAGCAAGGAGGGUGUUGCUUGAUGAUUUCGACCUCGAAUCUGUGAACAAUUACUACUAUUACCCUCUCAGCGGUCAGCAUAACGUGGCGGAGGCAAGAAGGUGUUUUGUUGAACGCCCUGACAUCGCACAAGAGCUCCGAUUGGAUCGCUGGACUGCGAGGCCUAUUUAUUAUCCGGAUAAGAGCAUGGACAAUUACGGCACGCUGAGCACUUUCCAGAACGCCAAGGACAAAUGGAAUAMYCCACCRCACCAGAUCGUGGUYAUCCAGAACAUACGGAAGUUGUGGCAUGAGUCGAACUGUCCUGAAGCUAAAGGCGGCUCAGCGGCAGAAGUGAAAAAUGCAGAGUAUAGAAAGUUUGCAGGAGAGGCUCUUCGUUUGACCGGGAUUCGUAAUUUGAUUGACAUGUCCCUUACUACUCAAUGGAGCGGCCAGUGGUCUGACGCCCUCGGGCCCUACAUGUUGUUGGCAAGGGCGACAGAUGACGUUUUCGAAAAGGUGAAACAAUUGUACGCUGCUUGGGAAGCUAGACAAUUGCCGGGGAGAGAUGCUGUGAAGCCUGCUACCAAACAAGGUGAAUCAGGGAAGGCACCGAGGGCUGGAUCCGGAUUUGAGUUGAAAGGUGGAGUUAGGUAUCCGGUUCACUGGGUUCAGGGUACCAAAGGACCUGGUUACCUAAUGGCUGUGCACCAUCCGGAUAUCAGAGCGUGAAAGCCUUUUUCAGCGCUUGGGAGGCGUGAGCGGCUGCAACUGUUGCGAGA